CCCCCGAAAGGCUGAAACAAGCAGCAACAGAAAAGGAAAAGGCAGCCUUCCACACCGGGCGCCAUGGUGUUCGACGCGGUCGCCGGCAGCGGCGGCGGGUCGCCGGCGGCGGCGCCGAAGGGUCCGCUCCGCGUCAUCUUCACGCCGUGGUUCGCCCGGCAGGUGGCCGUGGGGAGGUGGUUCACGGUGUUCGCGAGCUUCGCGAUCCUGACGGCGUCGGGGGCGACCUACAUCUUCGGCAUCUACUCCAAGACGCUCAAGUCCUCGCUGGGGUACAACCAGCAGACGCUCAACACCAUCUCUUUCUUCAAGGACCUCGGCGCCAACCUCGGCGUCUUCUCGGGGCUCAUCAACGAGGUCACGCCGCCGUGGGUCGUGCUCGCCAUUGGCGCCACCAUGAACCUUGUCGGCUACCUCAUGGUCUACCUCGCCGUCGACGGCCGCACCGCCCGCCCGCCCGUCUGGCUCGUCUGCCUCUACAUCUUCAUCGGCGCCAACUCGCAGUCGUUCGCCAACACCGGCGCGCUCGUCACCUGCGUCAAGAACUUCCCGGAGAGCCGCGGCAUCGUGCUCGGGAUUCUCAAGGGCUUCGUCGGCCUCAGCGGCGCCGUCUACACGCAGCUCUACCUCGCCUUCUACGGCGACGACACCAAGUCGCUCAUCCUCCUCAUCGCGUGGCUGCCGGCGGCAAUCUCCGUCGUGUUCGUGCACACCAUACGGAUCAUGCCGUACCCGCGCCGACGCGGCGGGCAGGAGACCAGCGGCGACCCCUUCUUCUGCUUCCUCUACAUCUCCAUCGCGCUCGCCUGCUACCUGCUCGUCAUGAUCGUCGUGCAGAAGCAGUUUACCUUCUCCCACGGAGCCUACUCCAUCGCCGCCGCAGCGCUCCUGAUCGUCCUCUUCCUCCCGCUCUGCGUGGUCAUCAAGCAGGAGUACAAGAUUUACCGCGAGCGCGAACUGGACGCUGCCCUCCUCGCCAACGACCCGCCGCCAACCAUCACGGUGGCUGGCGACCCAGCACAGGUCGAAAUGUCCACCGGCGCCAAAGCAGAGCAACAGGCAUCGUCGGAGCCGCCGCCGCCCUCUUCGUGCUCUUUCGGCGGGUGCGUGAAGAACAUGUUCCGGCCGCCGGCGAGGGGGGAGGACUACACGAUCCUGCAGGCGCUGGUGAGCGUCGACAUGCUGGUGCUGUUCGUGGCGACCAUCUGCGGCGUCGGCGGGACGCUGACGGCGAUCGACAACAUGGGCCAGAUCGGGCAGUCGCUGGGGUACCCGGCCAAGAGCAUCAACACCUUCGUCUCCCUCGUCAGCAUCUGGAACUACGCCGGCCGCGUCACGUCCGGCUUCGCCUCCGAGGUCUUGCUGGAGCGGUACAAGCUGCCCCGCACGCUGAUGCUCACCGGCGUGCUCCUGCUCGCCUGCGCCGGCCACGUCCUGAUCGCGCUCGGCGUGCCGCAGUCGCUCUACGUGGCGUCCGUGAUCAUCGGGUUCUGCUUCGGCGCGCAGUGGCCGCUCGUGUUCGCCAUCAUCUCCGAGGUGUUCGGGCUCAAGUACUACUCCACGCUGUACAACUUCGGCGGCAUGGCCAGCCCCGUCGGGUCCUACAUCCUGAACGUGCUGGUCGCCGGGAGGCUCUACGACGCCGAGGCCGACAAGCAGCCCGGCGGCGGGUUCACCGCGGGAGUCGGGCGCGACAAGGUGUGCCUGGGGGUGGAGUGCUUCAAGCGGUCGUUCCUGAUCAUCACGGCGGCCACCGUGUUCGGCGCGCUGGUGUCGCUGGUGCUGGUGUGGAGGACGUGGAGCUUCUACAAGGGGGACAUCUACGCGAGGUUCCGCGACGGCGCCGGCGGGAGACACGACGGCCGCCUGCCCGUCGACCAAGGUCGGAAGCCGGAGGCGGAGGAGUCAACCCCGGUCAAUGCCACAGCACAAAGGUGAGAACUCAGAAGGCUUUGCAGGCUUGACCGGGUCAACUCUGAAGCAGCAACCUAACACCACGACUGAUGAGGUGGAGUGGUAAAAAAAGAACUUAUACUAUACGUAUGUUGGCGUUUUCUAUACGGAGGCUACGUAUUACGGUACAUAUGUUUUGUCUUGGCGUUUUCUCUUAUUCUA